AUGCGUUACUUCACUAUUGCCACCGUCCUCAGCCUCGCUGCAGCUGGCUUGGCUGCACCUUGGGGUGAAGGCGCUGGUGCUGGCCUUGUAUCUCUGCCCCCCUCUAUUGAUAGUUCUAUUACUCUCUGUUGCAGUGGUAGUUUUGCCGUACCUGUUGCGGUGGGCGGUACCCCUACUUGCGUUGCCUAUAAUUCCCCGGUCCCGAACUGUGCAGCUGGUCAAGUCAAAUUCGACUGCCCUGUCACCCGUGGUGUCUUGACGGGCUGCUCUGACCCCAGCGGAGCUGCAGCUGCCCAGAAUAUCGUUCAAGAGGUCCUGAACUUGGUGCCAGCCUUGCUCAACCUCAAUCUCUAA